UACCGCCGGUCUACUGUGGGAGUUGAGAAGAAAGAAAAAAAAAAAAAAGCUUUGCCUCUACUUCUCGGUGCCCAGGUGAAGCCAGGGGGUGAGAUUCCGCUUGGAGGGAGUCGAGGAAGUCUUCCCAUGCUGGCUCCUCCUUCCGUACCACAGUCCCGCGAGCCUAGCUGUGGCUGCCUCCCUCCUGCUUUUUGUUUCCAGCAAAGUACCCAAAGUAGCUGCUACCAAUGUGCACUCUAGCGGAGACGCAACUACUGCUUCUGUUGCAGCUAUUAUUCCGCUGGACCACUCAGGCACUGGCUCAGACUCCAAAUACCUUCACCUUACCUCUGAAAGUCUCCCCAAUCAAGCUAAAUGGGGCUUCUCCUCGCCUACCCCCAUUAACUGCAACGCUAGCUGCACCGCUUGGGAAUGAGUCCCGGGGACGCCUGCGGGAUGUGGCUGCAGAGGGGCUGGCUCUAGCGCUGGACCCAACGAGGGGAUUAGUCAACUUCUUGUCCAUGGUAGACAAUUUGCAAGGGGACUCUGGAAGGGGCUACUACCUGGAGAUGCUUAUUGGGACCCCGCCACAGAAGCUGCAGAUUCUUGUUGAUACUGGAAGCAGUAACUUUGCUGUGGCAGGUGUCCCUCAUUCACAUACGACUUCAUACUUUGACACUGAGAAGUCCAGUACAUAUCGCUCCAAAAACUUGAAUGUCAAUGUUAAAUAUACUCAAGGGAGCUGGACAGGAUCAGUAGGUGAAGAUGUGGUUACUAUUCCAAAGGGAUUCAAUAGUACUUUUCUUGUCAACAUUGCUAUCAUUUUUGAAUCAGAAGAUUUUUUUUUACCAGAAACUAAAUGGAAUGGAAUACUUGGACUUGCCUAUGCCAUUCUAGCCAAGCCAUCGAGUUCUUUGGAGACAUUCUUUGAUUCCCUUGUGAAGCAAGCUGAGAUCUCCAAUAUUUUUUCCAUACAAAUGUGUGGGGCAGGAUUACCAAGAGACAGAACUGGUACCAAUGGAGGUAGUCUUGUCAUGGGAGGAGUUGAACCAAGUUUAUAUGAAGGUGAAAUAUGGUAUACAACAAUUAAAAAGGAAUGGUAUUACCAAAUUGAAAUCCUGAAAUUGGAAAUUGGAGGACAGAACCUCAAUUUGGAUUGUAGUGAGUACAAUAUAGAUAAAGCCAUCGUGGAUAGUGGCACCACUCUGCUGCAUCUGCCUCCAAAAGUUUUUGAUGCUGUGAUCGAAGCAAUUUCCCACACAUCUUUGAUUUCAGAAUUUUCUGAAGGAUUUUGGACUGGUUCUCAACUUGCAUGCUGGAACUAUGAAACACCUUGGUCAUAUUUUCCCAAUAUUUCCAUAUACCUGAGAGAUGAGGACUCCAGCAAAUCAUUCUGUAUCACUAUACUGCCUCAGCUUUAUAUUCUUCCUAUAUUGGGAAUUGACUCAAAUUAUGAAUGUUACCGAUUUGGUAUCUCAUCUUCUGCUGAUGCUCUCGUAAUUGGUGCUACAGUUAUGGAAGGUUUCUAUGUUGUGUUUGACAGAGCUCGGAAGAGGAUAGGAUUUGCGUUGAGUCCCUGUGCAGAAGUUGAUGGUGUUCCAGUAUCUGCGAUUUCAGGACCUUUCUCAACAGAGGAUAUAGCAAGCAGUUGUAUCCCUGGUUCACCUUCAAAAGAACCCAUUUUGUGGAUUGUCUCAUAUGCUCUUAUGAGUUUGUGUGGAAUUAUCUUCCUCAUAUUAAUCUCACUGAUGUUUCCAUUCUGUUGUCUGCAUUCCUCUCAUGAUCCUAAUUUAGUCAAUGAUGAAUCAUGUCUAGUACAGCAUCGCUGGAAAUAACCAUCUUGAUCCAGACCCAAGGAAUUUGGGAGUCUACUAUUAACAGUUUAAGUGAAAAAUGAAACAACAAGGACUACAAGCCAACGUUUUCUCCUAUAUACAUUAUAGUGUCAAAUCAUUGGGUUGUUUGUUUUUUGUGCUUUUUUUUUGCUGUAUGCCAUCCAGAUUCCUAUGUCUUGAGCCUUCAUUUUAAAGUUUCCAAUCCUCAAGGGAGGAAAAACUAUCCUAAACUAAAAUACUGUAAUUGUAUGUGACUGAUUAUUCUGUGUAAUACUGGAUGCCAGAACCUAAUGACAUGCUUAAAAAUGAAAAAUAAUAAUAAGUUCUCUUAUACCUCAAAAUCGCUUCCAAAAUAGAGAAUAUAUCUUCAGAUUUCAUCUAUGAAAGUAAAAUAAGAAUUUUUUCUUUACUUAUAUUUAUUAGUGAUUUUCUUCAAUUUUAACAUAUCUUAGUGUAAUGUAAAGAUUGAUCUUAUGAUGGCAAGAAAAACUAUAUGAGUUUACUGAACCUGCUAUUCUCUCCAUUUUUAUAAGUUCACAAUAGGCAUUUUUAUGGCCCUUCUGUAUAACUUGGACAAGAAUUCUAAAAUGCUUAGUUACGUUGUUACCAUCACUUGACAACCUUUACUUGUCUGUGUUUUUUAGGAUGGUGAGGAACCCUCUUGUCAGUAUCACAUAUACCACAUGAAUAGAGUUUCUAAACUCUCAAUUGUGCCUGCUAGAAUACUUCUAAACCAGUCAUCAUUAAAGACAUUUAUAUUCAUUCACAUAAAAACAUAAAAGACCCUCUUUGUUUCAUCUGCUUUUGUUGAGGUAUUUCCCUUUUCACAGGCCAUCAGAACUGCAGUAACUUUUCAUAUUUAGAUUUCACCUUAAUGGGUAAAUUCAGUUUCACCUUUUGGCAUGGAUAGCAGAUAUUUAUGACUAGAUUUCAGUGGACUUAGAAGAGAAAGGUGAAAAUGAAUCAAAGGACAAUUUUAUCCAGCUUUUAAAACUGUGGAAGUACUACUUCCUGUGCUCAGAUACCUCUACAUCUAUACAUGAGGCUUAUGCUUUAUUAUAUCUAAGGUAUAAUGAUUCUAGCUUAGCUUGAAAUACAAUAUUCUCUCACUUUGGGGAUAUUCAAUUUUUAGGCAAUAAGAAAUGGAUAGAACUGAUAUUUUAUAUGUAACAGGUCUCUUCUUUAAAUAGGUAGGAAUUGGGAAAAUUCUCAACUGCUAUUUAUUCAAUCCUUAGAUAUGGAGCUGAUGGACUUAUAAAAUAUUAUGUAAUUAGGAUUUUGAGUGUUUGAAAUAAUUGAUUUUCAACAUUUCCCCUUGCCCCUUCUCUUCGUGUUAUGUUAUGUCCAGUUAUCAUUGUCAGCCAAGUGGAUAUUCUCUGUAAUCACUCUGAUCCCAUGUAAAGUUCCAUGUAAAUAUUUAUUUCCUCUGGCCAGAAUUUCUUUUGCAGUUAUAAUAAUUCUUAUCAACAAUCCAUACC